UUGGAGCUGAAGAAGGAAGGGGGUGAUUUUAGGAUGAGAGCCUGGCCUGGCCGGCGUCAGCUAGGGGAGCCGCCUUCCUGGAAAGGAGUUGAGUCUAGGCAGGAGGAGGCUGCAAGGGUCAAAGUCCCUACCAUGGCAGCGUGGAGGUGCUCGCGGUCACUGCUGCUGCUGCUGCUGCUGCUGCUGCUGCUGCUGCUGCUGCUGGCGGCGGGCGUGGACGCCAGGUGGAGUGGGGAGGGCACCAGCCCGCAUCUGCAGACCAUCUUCCUGGGCCGCUGCAGUGAAUACAGCAAGCUGCUCAGCCCUGAGCAGCGAGUCAAGAACUGCACAGCCAUCUGGGAAGCUUUUAGCGUGGUGCUGGACAAGGAUCCCUGUUCUGUGCUGCCCUCUGACUAUGACCUUUUUAUUAACCUCUCGAGGCACUCCAUUCCCAGAGACAAGUCCCUUUUCUGGGAGAAUAACCACCUACUCGUGACUAGCUAUUCAGAGAAUACCCGUCGCAUUACGCCUCUGUGCGAUGUUCUGUAUGGCAGGGUUGGAGAUUUCUUGAGCUGGUGUCGACAGAAAAAUGCCUCUGGACUCGACUACCAAUCCUGCCCUACGUCAGAUGAUUGUGAAAACAAUCCUGUGGAUUCUUUCUGGAAAAGGGCAUCCAUCCAGUAUUCGAUGGAUAGUUCUGGGGUGAUCUUUGUCAUGCUGAAUGGUUCAGAUCCAAAUGGAGCCUAUCCUGUUAGGGGUUUUUUUGCAGACUAUGAAAUUCCGUACUUCCAGAAGGAUAAAAUCACACGAUUUGAGAUCUGGGUAAUGCACGAAAUCGGGGGACCCAAUGUGGAAUCCUGUGGAGAAGGCAGUGUGAAAAUACUGGAAGAGAGACUGAAGGAAAUGGGUUUUCAGUACAGCUGUAUUAACGAUUACCUACCAGUGAAGCUCUUACAGUGUGUGGACCACAGCACUCAUCCAGACUGUGCUUUAAAUUCGGCAGCAGCUUCUACUCAAAGAGAAAUCCCAUCUCUUUAUGAAGAACUAAGUGCCAGCCUUAUAAUUCCCUUCUUAGUGACUUUGGCUUCAGAUGCUCAAAUAUAGCUAAAAACUCAGCUGUGUUGUCUUAACUAGUCCCAGCCCUACAACCUGCCUUUGCGCAAAUCAUUAGUCUUGUUCUGAGUCUGCCAAGUGAUUUUCAUUGUCUAAAGAAGCUUGUUACUGGCAAAACGAUACCUGUAGUUAUAUUUUUUAAUAUGACUCAGGAUCACAGAAACAAGAGAGUAGUCUAGCUCUAUUUAAUAGGUUACAACUGCUUCAGUAGAAUUCAAGCAAAUUAUUUUUUUCCUGUGUUUUUAUUGUGCUUUAGAUGAAGGU